UUCCAGCUCUUUCCUGAUGGAGGUCGUUUGGCUGCUUUUGCUGCCGUCUGCAGGACUCGGGGCUCAGGAUCACUCCGUGGAACCGAGCUUAGAGAAACUGGAAAGAGCCCGAGGGGCGCCGUCGACACUGCCCAGGAGUGAGCGGGUUGCGGAACCCGCUUCCGGGAUUUUCGGCCUAGGUCUCCGCCAUUAUCCUGCGCGUCUCCUGGCACCACCGCGCCAACGGGGUCCUAUGUCAACCAACGCGGUGCAGGACCCGGCCCAGGUUCGCAUGGUAGCAGCAGCAUUUAUGGUCCCUGGACAGGGCCAUGUGAUCUUUGAGGAUGUGGCUGUGUCCUUCUCCCAGGAGGAGUGGGGUCUCCUUAACGAUGCUCAGAGACUCCUCUACUGUGACGUGAUGCUGGAGAACCUGUCACUUAUAGCCUCCCUGGGUUGUUGGCAUGGAGUAGAAGUUGAGGAGGCCGUUUAUGAACAAUGUGUUUCUGUAGAACACGUGACAGAAGACAGGAAUCCAAAACUGGAGCCAUCUAUCCUGAAGCCUCUGACUUCUGAUACGAGUGCCCUGGUGGAGAAAGAUGUUUUGUACUUGGCUGACAAUAUGUUCACAUGCGGAGAGGUUGAGAAGACUUUCCUAGGCAGCUUGGGCUUUCCCCAGCACCAGCCCUCCCACGAUGGAGAGCAUCCACGUAGAAGCAGACAGAGCAGGGAGGUCUCUCACCCUGGGCAAGGGCAUCACGAGUGCAGCGAAUGUGGCAAAGCCUUCAGUAAAAAGUUUAAAUUCACAGAGCACCUGAGAGUUCACACUGGAGAAAAACCUUAUGAGUGCAGUGACUGCGGGAAGUUCUUUAGACACAGCUCCAGUCUUAUUCAUCAUCGGAAAGUUCACACAGGAGAAAGGCCUUAUGAGUGCUGUAAUUGUGGGAAAGUCUUUGCCCACAAAUAUAAACUUUUUGAACACCAGAGAAUCCACACUGGAAAAAGACCAUAUGAGUGUAAUGAAUGCGGGAAAGCCUUCCUUCGCAAGGAUUCACUUGUUCAGCACCAAAAAAUCCACACUGGAGAAAAUCCUCAUAAGUGCAGUGAAUGUGGAAAGUGCUUCCUUUACAAAAAUAACCUUCUUGUGCACCAGAAGAUCCACAGUGGAGAAAGGCCUUAUGGGUGUAGCAAAUGUGGAAAGUCCUUUGUCUUCAAAAAAAGGCUUCUUUAUCACCAGCGAAUCCACACUGGAGAAAGGCCUUACAUGUGCAGUGAAUGUGGGAAAGCCUAUGUCUACAAAGGAAGUCUUAUUGUGCAUAAGAGAAUUCACACUUUAGAAAAGGCUUAUGGGUGUAACAAAUGUGGGAAAUUCUUUACAAGCAGCUUUGCCCUCAAUAGACAUGAGAAUGUUCACACUGCACGAAGGCGUUAUGAGUGCAGCGAAUGUGGGAAAGCUCUCAACGGCAAAGUUAAACUUGCUGAGCACCAGAGAAUCCAUACUGGAGAAAGACCCUAUAAGUGUAAUGAAUGUGAAAAAGCCUUCAUGCGCAAGUAUACACUUGUUCAGCACCAAAAAGUCCACACUGGAGUAAAGCCUUUUAAAUGCAGCGAAUGUGGGAAGCCCUUCACUUACAAAACAAGUCUUGUUGUCCACCAGAGAAUCCACACUGGAGAAAGGCCUUAUAUGUGCAGUGAAUGUGGGGAAGUCUUUGUCUACAGAAGAAGUCUUGUUGUCCAUCAGAGAAUCCACACUAGAGAAAAGCCUUAUGAAUGUAGUUCUUUAAACAUGUCUGAAACACCUAUGGUACAUAUUGAUGUCUUGAAAUACAUAACAAAACGACAACGCUGAUUUAACGUUCAAUUGCACAACUGUGGGUAUACUUUCUAACUCUCCUUACCCUGCCUUUCUCCUCACCCUGCCUUUUCAUUCAGUUUCACUACCCUCAAUGCUCUGAGUUAUGGGACAAAUCAUAUUUUGCAAAAAGCCUUUAAAUCAACUAAAAAGUCCCAAUAGUUAUUUUAUUGGCUUCCUUCUCUUAUUAGAUCUCAGAGGGUUUUUUUUCUCACAUUCCAUUGGGAUUUUGAUUGUUUAUUUCAAAAACUGGUUUUCCGCUAUCAAUUUCUGCCACUCCUGAUGCAUAUCUAUCUUUUUUUUUUUUUUGGCUAUGCGACAUGCGGGAUAUUAGUUCCCCGACCAGGGAUCGAACCCGCUCUCCUUGCAGUGGAAGGAUAACCUUCCUGGAUCACCAGGGAAAUCCUGAUAUCUAUCUCAUUAAGCACUUUUAAUAGCUCUUGGUAGUUACACAGUCCCAAAUGUUUUUCAGAGUUUGUCUCCUCUCUGUCUGCAGACACUGUCAGUGCACUUACAAGUGAUGUGGUAAUCACUUCCAAGAGCAGAUGACAUCAUUGGGUUCUGAACAUUUAUCUCGGGCUUUCGUGUCCCCGUUGCAGACUCUCAGUUUCUGCCACGGCAGUCCUUGUUACGGGAGCGAAUACGCAUUUGCUGCAGAAGACACAACCCGUAAAUGGGGUGGUGGCCGUUUAAGAAGCGAAGAAGCCUCGCUCCGCCUCUAGAGCCCGAUGA